AUGCCUGCCAUCAGACACACCUCGGAGCGCAAGCCGCCACCAGAAGGCUUCAGCAACAUCGAGGACGACUUACUUAUCUUCAGCAAUAAGAUGAAGGACGCGCAGAACACGCCGACCAACGACAUCCCAAAGCACCAGGCUCAAUGGCCCAUAUUCAAGGUCUCCCACCAGCGGAGUCGGUACAUCUACGAGCUCUACUAUGAGAAGGAGGCUAUUAGUAAGGAGCUUUAUAACUGGCUGCUAAAGAACGGCUAUGCGGAUGCUAUGCUGAUCGCGAAGUGGAAGAGACAGGGCUAUGAGAAGCUUUGCUGCUUGCGAUGCGUCCAGACGAAGGAGACCAAUUUCGCCUCGACUUGUAUCUGUCGAGUGCCUCGAACACAGCUCAAGGAAGAUCAAGAUAUCCAAUGCGUCAGUUGUGGAUGCAGAGGGCUGACCUGCGACGUUGCAGCAGCAGCAUGGCGGGAAACCUAA